AUGUCUCCUGGGGUACCGGCGAACGCGACGGGCAUCGGCACGCCUAUCCAUGAGGACAGGCAGGCGCAGGUUACCAAGCUCCUUGCCGAAGGCAAAAAGGCUCUCGCGCUGAAGCAGUGGGAGGAGGCUAUCGAGAAGCAGGCGUCGGCCCUGCAAAUCCAGGAUGAAGCCGGCGUGGACCAGCUCGACCCGUCUAAGGCCCCGCUGCUGUUCAACUACGGCCGCGCUCUGUUCGAACUCGCACUGUCCCAGCAGGGUGUGAUGGGCAAGGAGGAGGUCGCGAAGGGGACCGACCCAUCAGAGGGAGACAAGGACAAGUCGGGCAAGUUCGUGUUCGAAGGCGACGGCGAUGACGAGGAAGAAGAAGGCGAGGGCGAGGGUGAGGGUGAGGAUGAGGGCGAGGAGCAAGAGGGUGCUGAAGGUGGGGAGGGUGGGGAAGGUGGGGAACGGGAAGACGACCUGCCCGAGGACGACUUCAACGCCGCGUGGGAGGUGCUCGACGUUGCACGGACGAUCUACGAACGCGAGAUUGCCAAGAAGAGCGAGGAGAACGCGCGCGACGACAAGAUGAGCUUGGCAGAGUGUUUCCUGCUCUUAGGCGACAUUAGCUGUGAGACAGAAAAGUUCGACCAGGCAGUGCAGGAUUACAAGGCUGCGUUGGAUAUCAAGACGGCUCUCCUUCCGCCGUCAUCACGCGCCCUCGCGUCUGCGCACUACCAGCUGUCGUCGGCUCUGGAGUUGACUCCCGGGGGACGUCCGGCGGCACUGGAGCACGUGCAGGCUGCGCUGGACGGGUUCAAGGCGCGCGCGGACGAGUUGCGCCGUGCGAUUGGGGGCAAGAACGCUGCCGACGACGUCACGCGCCUUAACGAGCGUGAGCGCGAGGCCGAGCUCAAGGACGUCACCGAGCUUAUCGGCGACCUCGAGGUCAAGAUUGACGAGCUCAAGGUCGCACCACCACGCGAGGACCUCGUGAGCGGUACGAUUAACCACCUCCUCGGCGGUGUUGGUGGCGAGGUGAAGCAGGACGCAGGCCCCGUCAACGACCUUACGUCAAUGGUGCGGAAGAAGAAGCGCCCCGCUCCGGAGAAGUCCGAGGACAAGAGCGACAAGAAGGCCAAGGUCUUGGAGAAGUAG